UCCAAAUUCCGAAAUUGCUCUCGGCGUGCGUGGGGGGACAUCCCGGAGCGGAGCGGUUGCUGAGAGGGAACGGGAGGUUAUAAUCGUCGAGCAGAGAAAAUUGGGAAGAUGUAAUUAAAACCGUUGACAAACCGCUCGUUACCGAGUCGCUUGCGAAGUGUAUUGCCGAGCUAAAUGCGGGACGUGACUGCUUAUUGAGUGCCACAGUGACACAAUGCCUGGAAAGAUAAAGGUGAAGAUACUGGCAGGCCGCAACCUGCCGGUGAUGGACCGUUCCGGCGACACGACAGACGCUUACGUGGAAUUAAAGUUUGGCAAUAUAACUUAUAAGACGGACGUGUGUCGAAAGUCCCUGAAUCCGCAAUGGAACUCAGAAUGGUACAGAUUCGAGGUUGACGAUGCAGAGUUGCAGGACGAGCCGUUGCAAAUCAGAUUAAUGGAUCACGACACGUAUUCUGCUAACGAUGCGAUAGGCAAAGUUUACAUUAAUUUGAAUCCGUUAUUGUUGCCUGGAAUGCUGCCACCAGUGAAAAACAUUUGGACUCUAGAGGCAGCUAUGAACACCAGCUCUGGUUCACAAGGCUCAGUUAUGACCGGAUGGAUACCUGUAUAUGAUACAAUGCAUGGUAUACGUGGCGAAGUUAAUAUUAUCAUUAAGGUGGAGCUAUUCUCUGACUUUAACAAGUUUAGACAGUCGUCCUGUGGAGUACAAUUUUUUUACUCACCUAAUAUACCAUAUGGAUAUCAUGCACAAAUGAUACAUGGAUUUGUUGAAGAACUUGUGGUCAGUGACGAUCCGGAAUAUAAGUGGAUAGAUAAAAUAAGAACACCCAGAGCGUCGAACGAGGCACGGCAGACUCUAUUUUUUAAAUUGAGCGGAGAAGUUCAGAGAAAGAUUGGAUUGAAAGCCCUGGAUCUUGGUGGAAAUGCUGUGAUUGGGUAUCUGCAAAAUUUCGAUCUGGAGGGCGAAUCCGGUAUCGUUGCCAGAGGUAUAGGCACGGCGGUGACGCUCGUAAAACUGCAUGACGUUCUCGGUUUCCCUUGCGACAGCGUCAAUAUUGAAGAGAUCGCAUUCGCACUUUCCUCACGCACGAUAGCGCGAACGGAACGUUAUGCCGACGACAGCGCGCCGUUCACCCCCAUAUCUAUUCCCGCUUCGUAUCCCAUUCGCAUAAACAGAAAUCUCGCGUUUUACGCGCACUCUUCGUCAUCUCUAACGCGCCUGGAACGCGCCGCUAAAGUGCCCGUGAUUCCCAGAUAUGUCGGCGCGCGAAGGAAACGUGCCAAGCGCAUUCCGUUUUUGCGAACCAACACGUUGAGCAUGUUGAAUCUAAAAGUAACAACCGCGUCCAGCGGCUCGGAUCUCACUCCGCCCCCGGAAAUUGGCCGGAGUUUAAUCAACGAGACGGUGAGAUCUAUACGUACCAUAUUAACGCCCGAGGACGCGAAGAAGGAGUCUAGGGAUUGUCUUUCCAAGCAGAUCAAACACUUGCGCAACAAAUUUGAUUUGGUCGGCGAGAAGGGUCACUUCGUCGAGGAGACCGAACACGAUCCGGACGACAUGAAUCCUAAGAAGGAGAGAAAUCUCAAAGAGACCAAGGCCAACGGUAGUAUAAUGGCUGCAUUACUGAUCGGAUCUAUACGGAACAUGCCUUUGGAAGAUAUCGGGAAUACCGAUCCUGUUUCGAUUUUUCUCAGCGACGAUCAACCUAACGAGGAGAUACAGAAAGAAACGUGCUGCAGAGAAAAUCUUCAUGAGAAUACAGAGAGCAACGUUCAGAAUAAACAGCAGGAACAAGAUGAAGAACAGAAGCAGGAUGACGAGCAGAAGCAUGAUGAAGAGCAGAAGCAGGAUGAAGUGCAGAAGCAGGAUGAAGAACAGAAGCAGGAUGAAGAGCAGGAGCAGGAUGUCACAUCCUCGAUCGAUGAAACAGAGACGUCUUUCUUCGACGACGAUAAUUCCACGGGCGACGAGUCAUCGGAGGACACCGCCAGUUACAAUAUCCUAGACGAUUCGAGAUAUGAUGUUGACAGAGACUCCGACAAGGUGGAGUCAAACUCGUCGAGUUUUCUAGAGAGGCUUCCCAUCACGCACUCCAGCGCGGAAAGCUGCACUGAUUCUACGCUGCAGAUAGAAUCGGACGUAGCGAUGGAGGGUUCGCCCUCAAACCUGAAUUUAGCGAGCACGGAAGACGUUAUACGAAACGUUCCGAUCCCCAUAAUCACCGUGAACGCUCGAGAGAGCACGGAGUCGGACACACCGAUCGACACGUCCGGAUUAUCGAAUAACGAAAGUCAGUCUGAUGCCCCGAAUCUCUUUGCUCCAAAAUCAACUCUUUCGUCUGAUAAACGAAAAAUCGUCGACGCGAAACAGGUGUCCAACACUUCUGACAACAAGGGUCAAAAAUUAAACUUGGAGGUGGAGGAAGACAAGCGACACAGCAGUGCUACAUCCGAGUCGUCGAUUCCCGAGACGCAUCGCGUUUAUCUGACGAAACAUGAACGAGAUUUAUGUCGGGAGCGCAGUCAGUCCGCUCAUCGACAAACCAGAGAAUCGGCGCAACUCCAGUCACCGUCUCCCGUUGAAGGAUCGGAAGAUCACAUGAAUGUAGGUAGGAAAGGAAACAAUCCGCCGACCAGUUCUUCGCACACGACGACACGGUCCAGCCUGUCGAACGAAGAAGCCCGCGCAAUGGCGACCGUCGAGAGACGGACAUGCAUGCGCGAUCUGAUUAAGCUGAUCGACACGAAGAUGAUGGUGUCCACGCGCCCAACGCGUCACAGCAAGAGAACCCUGUCGUCGAGAAGCAUGAGGAGGAAGCGCGAAAGAAAGGCGUCCCACAAGGGCUCGAGAAAGGGGUCGAGGAACUCGUUCGACAAGUUUCCUUGCCGCGGCACGUCUAUGAGGAGACGCGCUUCACACAAGCGUCACGAGAAGGACGUCCUUCGCGUUCCUCGCGUUCACUCCAUUCCCGAGUGCCUUUCCUCGGGUCAGCAUCCGACUCUUCAUGCUGCCUCUCGUUCCUGCGGUUCCUCUCUCGUUAGCUUAACCGAUCGUACGCGCGUGUCCGCGUCUUCAGCGUCCCACCGUCCGCACGACGGUUUAUCCGGUACCUCGGGAAAAUCACCGAGGAGUAGUCGCGGCAAACUUGACACGGUACCCGCGAUAUCCGUUAGUAACGCCUGUAAUCUAGGGAAAACAUAUCAUAUUGAUUGCACUAUACCCACUAACAAUGCUAAUAUGACUUACAACUCGCGUGUGUCCCGUCCUUCUCCCAAUCUUAGGCAACAAGAUGAGGCGUCGAUCAGUCCGCCCUGCCCGCUUCCGACCGUUCCCACGGUGGCCACGAAAAUGUCCCAGUCACCGGCGACCAAAACGGUCGCCAGCGUGCCGCUUCACCGGCGAUCGAGCGACUCCGAUCUGAGCGUUACUCCCAAAGGUAACUCCCUUGGUAGCAGCGACAGAUCGAUAGCAGGACCUCUAAGGACACCGACCGCAGUGGUUAGACCUAUGAAUCAAGACACGUUGGAGAUGUUAGAAUACCCAUUCAUCACUAUGCAACAUUAUCCACCUGGCUUCAUAUUACAUAUAGGAGGUUUAGUGAGCUCAAAGUCAGUGAAAUUACUCGAAAGGAUAAGUAAUUUGGAAGAGCCGGAAGGCCGUGAUUCGUGGUGGACCGAAAUUAGGAUGGAAGUUAGAUCGCAUGCAAGAGCGUUAGGUUGCAAUGUUGUUAUAGGCUACAAGGAGGAAACUAGUAUAUGCGACGACGUGUGCGUGUUAAGUGCUUCUGGUACUGCGGCAGUAAUAAAUUUUCACAAUUCUGCUCAAGAUUCGGACGGUGUCGUUCUGAAUAAGCUUCAGCAGAGCGGCGUGCCUGUCGCUGCCGUGGAUUCAGAAAAGGGCCAGCAAAAAUCUGUGACGAUAAAGGCAGAGAGAAUCGACUGUGAUACAUCCGUCGUGACUCACCCGGAACGACAGAAUGGGAAGGUGUGCAAGCAUUCUUCCGAGAGUAACGAUCACGAGGGCUCCGGCCAGUCACAGUUACGAUGCAACCUGUGCCAUCUCCCUUAUAGUAAGAAUAGCGUGCCAUUUAGAGUCAACGUGUCCAAGUGUGCCAUAUGCAAACGUGCCAAAGUCCCGGAUGUGAUGUUCACCACUAUAGAAGUGCCUGCGAAUAUCCCAACGACUGGAAGAGGUUGCUUCAUUCAGGCGACCGUGUGCAAGAGUAAAAAGGACCUGCGGGGUGAAUUAAACGCGAAGGAGAUAUCGGAUUGCCUGCCGUUUUUGGAAUAUGAGCUGCACAGUUUAUUGUUGAAUAAGCUCAAGAUCAAGGGUAUGAACGCGGUUUUCGGCCUCAAGUUGCAGGUUUCCGUGGGAGAACGGUUGAUAAUCGGCAUGGCGAUAGGUACUGCAGUUUAUUUGACGGCACUACCGCCGCCUACCAUCCCGCAAAUAGCAUCCGGUAAUUCGUGGCACAAGGAGGAUCAAUUGGGGGAAAUGCAAAAGUCUAUCGUCGAAACGGUGAAGAAGAAUAGAGAGUUUUAUCGUCUGAAACCUAUCGGAGUCAACGAAGUCGAAAACGGACGCAUUCCGAGCACUUCCGACACAGACGAGUCGGACGAGGAUCUGCCGGAACUUGACCUUGGAUUGGGCACUCGCGACGCGUGUGUCCUAGAAGUAGACGACAUCGAGGACAUGGACCGGAUAUCGUCGUUAAUAGACAACAGGCCACCAGACGAUUUCCACGUCGUUAACACGCAGACGAUACCUGGUCUCGAAGAUUUAGAAAUCGUCAGGAAUUUACAAAUGUUCACGCAAAUCUCAAGGGCUAAAAUUCCCAUGGGACAAUUCGCGUCGAUGCCAUCGAAAUAUUUUGCCAGAUUACUUCAGUCAUUGUAUUUUAAAUUAAGAAGAAUGGUUCCCUGUGCGUUAUGUGAUAUGCAGUUUAAAGUAGCAUUACCCGAACAAGACGAGAUACAACUGACCGUUGUCGGUAUGGCGCUUGGCUUAGGAGAACCUUUAAAUACAAAUAAAUAUAAAAGGAAAGUUGUGUGUCGUUCCUUGAGCAAGGAUCAAGUAAGAAAAUCAGAUGACAGUGAUAUGAUAUUUAGCCUUGAUGAGGAUCAUAUAGAGAACAAUAUUACAUCUGAAAGUACGACACGCACUUGCUUAGGAAAUCCCGCAACUUUAAGUGGUACUCCUGUACAAAAACCGAGACCACGCUCACCUUUGCGUUUAAAAUCAUUUAUUCAUAGACGUAAACAUGUGCCUUUGAAAGGAAGAUACGGCGUAGAUAUAACGCCUUUAUCUUACCUACCAGGUGGAAGAAUAGAGAGAUAUCAAGGCAAUCUGAAUUUCUUUUUUAUUCGCGAAAGCACAUCGAUACGGGAGAAUGGUGGAUUGAGUGGUUUCACCCACAGCUUUGUAAUGGAAGUUUUGGCGAUUGUUCGCGCGCAUAUUACAGCAUUAGGUGGUAACGCUAUGGUAGCGUUUUUCAUGACGCAAUGCGUGCUUCUCCAUAGCCCUCACAAAAAUCAAGGUCAAUGUCUCAUUAACGUGGGUGGCGAUGUUGUGACAGUAUCUUAUUACGCGGAUGAGAAACAUAGCGCCGUUUCAAAUUGCUGACCCCAACCUCCACAUUCGGCGCCGCCAUGAACGACCAUUUAAUACAAUGGCAAUUAACAUGACUAAAUAUUUGCCAAUAUUAAUGUUGUUAUAGAUAGGAUCGAUUUUGUGUGAGACUUUUAUUGCAUUGCACAAUGCUUAAUCUCAGAUGUCUCUUUGUAGCACUCAAUAUUGUUAUUUAUUAAUUUAUUUUACGAAGAUAUAAAAAUUUAAUUAAUUUAAAAUAUUUUUUUUUGAGAAUUAAUACAAUAGAACAUAAUGAAAUAUGACAAAGGUGUAUCAGUCUGUUGUUAUAAAUUAAAAAUAUCUUGUAUAUUUAAUACCUAUUACGUGACUAAAUAUUUAAAUGGCUUAGUAUUAAUGAAUUUUAAUAACUUAAACAUAAUUAUAUAUGUCUCGUAGAAGGAUAUCUUAACCUAUGAAAUACUCCUAUUAUGUGCACAAUCAUAUCACCUAUUUUUCCAGUUGUAUGAUAUUUUCAAUUUUUUGUAAUAAUUAAAUAAAUAUUCAAUUACAGCAAAGUAUUCCGUUAUUGAUAGUACAAUCGGAAAGGUAAUAGUUCUACAUAUAGAAAGCUUAGUCAGUAAUAAUUUUAACUGUAUAGAAUAUGAAGAAAUAUACAAAUUUAUUUUUCUUUACCGAUUGCACUACAAAUGACAGACUACUUCAUACAUAACAUACUCAUCUAUAGAAUGCACAAUUUUCUUUUGAAAAUUUCUAAAAACAAGACCAAGAUACAAGAUUAAAUUUAAUUUUUUAAAGAAUGAUGAAAUUCUGUCAAAAGUAUAAAGGUUGCAGAACAUUAAAUGAAGCAUUCGAAUUUAUCCUUUUAGAAAAUCGAUAUGGUUUUUCUAACUAGGUGCCUUUAAAAUUGUAUAGAAAAAAUUUCUUGUACAUGAUAUAGUUAAUAGACCUAGCGUAAUCGUAAUUUUCAAAUUUAAAUUCCUCGAUGUCUACGAAAUUGAUAAAAUAGCAAUAUUGUUUUGAAGAAUGUAAAAUAAUUCUUAGAUUAUUUUAAUGCCUUUAGUUUCUACUGGGAAAAAAGUACUAGUACAAAAGAUAACUGCUUUAUAAGAAAUUAUGUAAAGAUACUAAUUUUUAUAUUAUUAAUUUUGAUAGCAAAUGAGUGAUCAGUGAGAUGAAACAGUAACGCUUAUUUGGCAUUUUCAAUCCUUUUAAUUGUUGGUCACAUUUAAUUAUAUAAAAAUACAUAUUGCUAAUGAGCAUUCUUCCAUCGGAAUUAACAAAAAUAUAUAGUGAAUGAUAAUGAUAAAGAAAUUACUUGUAAUAUAUAUUCAAGAUUAAUUUAUGUAGCAUAACUGUUAUUUAUUGCAAUUGUAUUCGCAUAAAUUUGUUGCUCGAAUAACAUACAACCAAACAUGUCGAAUUGUGGUCAGAUGUCAUUUUUCAUAAAUUAAAUAUCUAAAUAAAGAUUUCUAAUUGACAUUAUCUGAACACAAUUUAUAAAUUAUAUAUUGUACCUAUUUAUCUGAUCGUUUAUACACAAUGCUUUCUAUUUGUGAAGCGAAAUGUCUAUUCGAAUAAUGAAACUCUAGUCAAAAUGUCAUUGUUAUAUUAAUAUUAAAUUAUGUUUAAAAAAUAUUUUUUUGUGUUGUCUUUUUGAAUUGUAAGUGUCAUUAAGUAAAAUGACAAAUAAUUUUUAAUCUCUUAUUUAAUAAAUUUUAGAAAUAUAUGUUAUGAUGUUUAGUAAA